AAGGCAUCAUCAGACGACGGAUGACGUAGCGCCGCUGCCGUGUUUGGUUGUGGUCGAAGCGAAGACGCCAGCAGCGAAGGGUUCAGGGAAAUCUCUAGCAUCGUAGAUAAAACACCCCGAAGAGGUGUGACGCCAGCGGGUACAGUUGUCACGCUAUAAUACAGGAGAACGUUUAAAAAAAAGACCAGAUUGAAGCCUCCGCACAGCGAGGGUCGACAUGUCUGAGACAUACGACUUCCUGUUUAAGUUCCUGGUGAUUGGCAGCGCUGGGACGGGAAAAUCCUGCCUCCUCCACCAAUUCAUUGAGAACAAAUUUAAACAGGACUCCAAUCACACCAUUGGCGUGGAGUUUGGAUCCAGAGUCGUCAAUGUUGCUGGAAAGACAGUCAAACUGCAGAUCUGGGACACUGCUGGGCAGGAGCGAUUUCGCUCGGUAACACGCAGCUACUACAGAGGAGCAGCUGGAGCGCUUCUCGUCUAUGAUAUUACCAGUCGGGAGACAUACAACGCCUUAACCAACUGGCUGACCGAUGCACGGACUCUAGCCAGCCCCAACAUUGUGAUUAUCCUGUGUGGCAACAAGAAAGACCUGGAUGCCGACAGAGAAGUGACCUUCCUAGAAGCGUCGCGCUUUGCGCAGGAGAACGAGUUGAUAUUCCUAGAGACUAGCGCUCUGACGGGAGAGAACGUCGAGGAGGGUUUCCUGAAGUGUGCUCGCAUCAUCCUCAACAAGAUUGAUUCAGGAGAGUUGGACCCGGAGCGGAUGGGUUCAGGUAUCCAGUAUGGAGACGCUUCGUUGAGGCAGCUGCGACAGCCAAGAGGCACCACCACACAGAAUAAGCAGCAGUGUAAUUGCUAGGAGUCGGGGGCCCCGCCCUCACCUCUGCCCACAGGCCCACACAGACGGGACGCCCCCUCCAGCCCUGGGUGUUUUUUUGGUGUGUUAGAUCCAUCGCCGUGCAGUUUCACACACCCUGGAUGAGUGGUUAUCAAAGUCACUGCAACCCCUGACCCCCCCCUCCCCCUCCCCCUCCCCCACGCGCCCUGUGUCUGGGCAGGGAAAGGCCUCGGUGUGAGAGGAUGCUGGGAUCAUAAAGUAAAGCCUGAGUGAACCCACCAGACCAGGCAGAGACCCGGGUUGUGUGUACAGGCUCCCCUGCUGUUGUUUUACCUCUGUGCUUUUCCUUCUGGUUUUAGUAUCACCUACAUGCUUUCUACGUUUGCACAUUGUUUUGUAAAUUAUUAAUGGCAAACUAUUUUGGGAAUAUUCAUUGUUGAACUUGACUAUAAUUUCAAGAUAAGUUUGGUUGGCGCUUCUGAGUUGUAUUCUUGAAGGCACUCGUUGACGUUUUGCUUAUUAUUCAUUACUUGAGUCAACUUUUACGUAAAUUCAGACAUUGAUGUUGACAAUUAAGUCAACUGCAGUCGACUUGUACACAUUGCAGAUAAGAAUUCAUCGAGAAUGUUAAACCACACACAAUGUAAGUCUAUGGCGAGGUUUCUUCAGCUGUAUUUUUGUCCUUAUCCAAAUUGAAGCAGCUGCUUGGUUGGUUUAUACAUAGUUAAGAUUUUAUUUUAAGCCCAAAUGUAGAGUCCACUUCUGUUACUCAUUCUAAAAUGUGUCUGAGUCUGCAUUCAAAUGCACCACUAUGAUCUAGUGUGGCUUUAGUAAUAAAAUGUAUAUGUUCAACCUACGGGUGUAUAUUUCCGUUUGGAAGAAAUAGUCCAAUCACGUCCCUCGACAUCCACAUAGUCGUGUCUGUGGGUCCGGGUUGAAGCACAAAACAGCGGUUUUUAUUCUUCAAUUUCCGAUCUGUAAAUGUACUUAAUGAAUUUUAGCAAAUGCAAGUAGAAUGACACCAGUGUCUGGUCUUAUCCCAGUGUAAGGUGAAGACAGAGUCAUAACCAUUGGCCGCUCAUGCUGGGCUGUCCCCCGUCCCCCUCUUGCUCCUUUUUAAUUUAAGGCGCACAUUCUGUGUCAGGGACGUCACAGGAAGCCACAGUUGGUUUUGCUUCAGCGCCAUGUUUGGGGAAACUUUCCGCCCACUCGGUUCUCUCAUGGAGGCUUGUCACUGUUGUCAUGCACGGCCAAGUGCGUCUUGGUGAUUGCAGGAAUGCUGAUUUCAGCCUCCCAAGUACUUUGCCUUGUUAACCAACGUAGAAGCAGCAGCAGCUCUGCUACGAACUGUCGCUGCGUUUGCCGAGUCCACCCAGAUGAAGAUGUUUUCUCCUUAGAACCGACCCCGCGUUCCCCCGGAGAGAAGCAGGGAGUUUCCACUCUAACGUGGUUUCCUUUUUUCGAUGCAGCAGUGGCGACGUGGUCUGUGGUGCCGCCAGUGGAGAACAGUUAAUAACUUAAAAACAUCCUGCCCUGCAGUAGAGUCAAAGGCACUGUGCUUCUGUCUGAAUCAGUGUGUGCAGGUCACACCGGCAUGGCCAGGAGGAUCCUAACAAACUGCCCACGGGUCAUGUUUCCCCCCCCCCCCCCCCCGUGUCUGCACGUGGCCUCACAGGCAAACCAAAUGCGUUUUUUUAAGUGAGCCAGCACACUGAAGGAGAAAAAGGCAGAAUCGUGCAAACAUUAGAUAGUAUAGAAUAUCAACAUUAAAUACUGGCAUUGUGUGAUAGUUUGUCUCCUUCUGCAAGUGCACUUUUACUUUUUCCAUUACUUUUUUGUUUUGUUUAUGCUGCAACUAUGAAAUUGUACAUUUUAUUCUACUUGAACAGUAUACUGUAAUAAAGAUUUUAACCGUUUUACAAUUUCUUGCUAAAUAACAACUGAGAC